AUGAACGUCACAAGCAACAUCAUUCAUGAUUCAGUCCGUGUAGAUGGGCGUGGUCACGGAACCAUUCACGACGUUCAGCUCAGUGAGAAAGCAGCCAUUCAUGAAGAAACCGAUUCACCAAGGGUCGCUGAAAUACGCGCCAAGUACGAGAACAAGUUGCAAGAAGUCAACGAGUUGAAGGACCGCGUGAGUAUUGUACAGAGAAGAGUCGAAGUGCUGGACAAGCUAGUCGAAGGAAACGUCACAAGCAACAUCAUUCAUGAUUCAGUCCGUGUAGAUGGGCGUGGUCACGGAACCAUUCACGACGUUCAGCUCAGUGAGAAAGCAGCCAUUCAUGAAGAAACCGAUUCACCAAGGGUUGCUGAAAUACGCGCCAAGUACGAGAACAAGUUGCAAGAAGUCAACGAGUUGAAGGACCGCGUGAGUAUUGUACAGAGAAGAGUCGAAGUGCUGGACAAGCUAGUCGAAGGAGCUGGUAACAAUGUUGUCUGCCUACCGAAAGAUUCGCGAGAACCCUUCCUUCUCAACAAGGACACACUGGAAAGUCUCAAAGAGUUUUACUCCUUCUAUGAAGAAAGCUCGUCGUCAGUUCGCUCCGAACUACGCAAAGUUAAUAAGAUCCUUGAAAAAGCCGAGAGGGAGUUGGGUGCUUUACAACAGGAACUGAAUAGAGCUGAGUCGGACUGGAGAGCGAGGCUAUACAGCAAGUCAAUCAUCGUUACGUUGGAAAGUGAGAAAGGUGGCUCCGUUCAACUAGAAUUAACCUAUCAAGUAUAUAACGCGAACUGGCGGCCCACUUAUGAUUUGCGUGUCGACACGACUGGACAGCAGUCACUCAAGGUA